AUGGCGAAGUUUUGGGAACAAAAAUUCAGAAAAUGGAACCAACGUAAUAGGGCUGCUGCUGUUGCUGCUGAUAGGGUUGACCGUAGGGAUUCUGCUGGGGCGGGCCUCCAUAUUGUUGUGGCUGUCCAUAUGGUGGUUGUUGCUGCUGCUGUUGACCAUAAGGUGGUUGCUGUUGCUGUUGUUGACCAUAAGGCGCCUGUGAUUGACCAUAUGGUUGCUGUUGAUAGCCUUGUUGGUAUUGGGGUUGCUGAUAACCUUGAGUCUGACCAGGCUGACCCUGGAACGGAGUACUUGGCGGGGGUGUUGGAGGAACAGCAGGGCGGCCGUACUGGCCUUGAUACUGAGACGGAGGUUGCUGCUGAUGACCCGCCGGCGGAUAGGGGGGUUGACCUGCGUUCGGAUGCGGCUGUCCGUGAUACCGUUGGCCAAAUGGAGCACUCAUAA